AUGGAAUACAAGGACAGGACAUCAACACAAGCAGAGUACGUCGUACAGAAGCUGGCAACUCCUCUGCUUGGCUUUCCAGCCAUUUCAGCACUGCAGCUACUACAUCCAUUGGACAGUGUGAGAGAGCUGGAGGCUGAGAUGAAAGAACAAUACUCCAAGGUCUUCACAGGGCUGGGUUGCCUGAAGGGGGAGUACAGGAUAAAGCUGAAGGAGGAGGCCAAGCCCUACGCGUUGUCGCUGACACGACGUGUACCUCUACCUCUACAUGACAAAGUCAAAGAAGAGCUCCAGAGAAUGGAGGACAUGGGAGUGAUCAUGCCCACUGAAGAGGCGACGGACUGGUGCGCGGGGAUGGUCGUCGCACCAAAGCCCAAAGGAAAAAUCAGAAUCUGCUCCGACAUGACCCAUCUGAACGAAUAUAUCGUCAGAGAGAGGCACAUCUUGCCUGCCGUCGACGAAACCCUGGCCAAGCUCGCAGGUGCAACAGUGUUUACAAAACUGGAUGCCACAGCCGGGUUCUGGCAGGUCUCUUUACAUCCAGAAUCAGUCCCGCUGACAACAUUUAUCACCCCAUUCGGGAGAUACUGCUACAAGAAGCUUCCGUUCGGGAUCUCGUCAGCACCAGAACAUUUUGAAAAGAGGCUGACACAGAUGCUGACGCUCCACAGUGAAAAAUGUGAGUUUGCAGUGGACAAGAUCAUGUUCCUGGGCCAUGUCGUCGGAGCUCAAGGCAUCGAGGCAGACCCUGGAAAGAUCAAAGCGAUCAAGGAGAUGCCCACGCCCAAAGAUGUUGCUGAUGUGAGGAGGUUUAGGGGCAUGGUAAACUACGUGGGUAAGUUUUCACCACGUAUCGCAGAGCUCACACAGCCGCUACGAGAACUACUCAAAACAGACACCGACUGGGAAUGGGGGAGCAUGCAGCAGCGUGCUUUCGACGAGCUGCGCCAGGAACUGAGUUCGCCUGCAGUUCUGGCACAGUACUGCCUGAACAGACCGACCAGAGUUGCAGCGGACGCUUCCUCCUUCGGACUGGGAGGAGUUUUGUCUCGGAAGCAACCGUCAGGGGACUGGCGCCCAGUCGCAUUCAUCUCAUGCAGCAUGACAGACGCGGAGCGAAGAUAUGCCCAGAUUGAAAAGGAGGUGCUCGCACUGACCUGGGCGUGCAAGCGUUUUCGAACUUAUCUGGUCGGAAUGGACUUCCUCAUACAAACUGAUCACAAGCCUCUCAUUUCUCUGUUCGGCAGCAAAGCGCUUGAUGACUUGCCACCUCGCAUCCUGAGAUUCAGGCUGCGACUGCUUCGCUUCACGUACCAGAUCGAACAUGUGCCUGGAAAGAAACUGAUCAGAGCGGACGCACUGCCCCGGGCGCCAGUCCAUGGAGAGCCCACAGCAGAGGACAGGCAGCUGGAGCAUUAUGUGUGCGUGUCCAUCAACCAAAUAAUGGAGCACUUGCCAGCGUCGGACGACAGGCUGGCUCAGAUCAGGACCGCGCAGGACACAGAUGAUAUCUGCAAAAAGCUCAAAAACAUGGUGCAGACCGGAUGGCCUGAAAACAGAAAAUGUCUUCCGUCGGAACUUCAACCGUACUGGCAGUAUCACCAGGACCUGCUGAUAGCAGAUGGGCUACUGCUGGAGGGCGAGAGACUUGUCAUCCCGCUCACCAUGCAAGAGGAGAUGCUCAACAAACUUCAUGAAGGCCACCAAGGCAUGACAAAGUGUGCCGCCAGAGCGCAGCAGUCAAUAUGGUGGCCAGGUCUAACCAGUCAAAUCAAACAAAAAGUGGAAAACUGUGAGAUCUGUGCACGUGAGGCUCACAAUGCACCGGAGCCGCUGCUGACGACACCAUUGCCCGACAGGCCGUGGCAGCGCGUUGCGGCAGACCUCUUCCAGUGGAACAAUGCGAUGUACCUCGUGGUGAUUGACUACUUCUCGCGCUACAUAGAAGUAGCCAACCUCUCAUCCACCACCACAACCCACGUGACAGAGAAGCUGAAGUCUAUCUUCGCACACCCUCGGGUCCCAGAAACUGUUGUCACGGAUAAUGGCCCCGAGUUCUCUGCAGCAGAGUUUGCAUCUUCGCCAGAGACUAUGGCUUCACACACACAAUGA